ACCUUGCUUUGCGUUCAUUGCGUAGAUCGCAUAUGGCUCUCGGUGAAUCGAGGCGGGGAAGAGCAGAGCCGUGGGUAUGAUUUUCGAAACAAGUAGAGUGAACAAGUCGAAAGUGGUUAUUAGCUUAGCGUGUGGACCUACCCUUGACUAUUGUAAAUAGAGCUUUGUGAAGUCGAGAAGACCAGUCGUGGAGAUGGUCUCAAGAAAGAAGGCUUUCCAAGCAUCAGCCCGUCUGCUUCGCUCUUCUGCUGCUCCUUCCGGCAGCGUCGCCACUCGGUCGAUUCAGAAAGGAGAUGCGUGGACAAAGAGUGAAACAUACAGAAAUUUUACAACACGAGCGAACCUAUUUGGACCUAUUACUCAACAGAGCAUUCGAAACUCGAGUGCAAGGUGGACACUUUGAUUGAGAUGAACGCAACUUAUGUCAAGUUUGAAGCUGCUUUUUCCGCAAGAGGAAGUGUGAGGUUAAAUGUGACAAAUCUUGGGAAGCUCGAGAAGUGGAAGGCCGAGAAAGAAUUCAACAGGGGCUGUUUUAAUGCUCUGAUACUUUCAAACCCAGGUCGCCGGCCUUAUGGAUACGAAAAACUUUUGUUCCAGACGCGUGACAACAGCUGCGGUGUUUUCUUGCUGGGUGUAAACGAGGUCGAUUAUCAGUGGUACGAAAUGCGGGUGAAGAACUUGACCGUACGGAGGCCACACUGGGCGUGCGUUAUGAAUUUCGCCGAUGUCACCUAUAGGAGAGGCAAAGAAAGAGUAGUGUACUCGCCUAAAUGCCAGAAAAUGUAUAAUGUCAAACCCAAAAGCGACAAAAGCCAAUGGCAGGAAUAGUUCUUUACCGAAUUUUGUCUUUGACCUCAUUGUCACGAACACACAACCCGUCAACGAAAACGCAUGGUAAAGUGCAAGUUCAGUGGGCUGUUGUGUCGGUUUAUUGCAAAUAGAUUGAGACAAUCAAUCAAUUCCUGUUUUUAGUAUGUUCGUAAUGGAUUUAGGAUGUCUAAAUGUGGAAGCUUGUUAAGAGCCUGUCGUUUCUUGCUGCACACCAGUGAUAACUAUUCAUACGGUAAUAGGGUGUAAGCCAAGCAAUGCUCAUGUUCAAUCGAACACUCAAAACAUAUACACUUUGUUGCACAAGUGAUCUCAGGCCAUAGCUUAUAUUUAGACGUUCGUUAAACAUUCUCAAGUUACCAAAAUAUCUGAAACUCUCCUCCACAGCGUCGCUCCUAAACGUCUUCUAGUUUUGGGACUUGAAACACUAGUGAUAAUAUAUUGGAAUGCAGUAUUCGAUAUUCAUGUACCGUAUGUCAAUCACCACUGUGAAAUAAAGUUGCGGCUGUCCGAAA